GCCAUGCCGUCGCCAUACGUUGCGCAUAGGCAUAUUGAGACGUAUCGCAGUUUAAUCGUCACGGUUGUACUGAAAACUUGAAUUUAGGUCGUUUAUGAAUAGCAACAAGAAUAUGAAUAGUUUGUCAAUAGAGUAAAACCUAAAUAAGGUCAAGUUAGUUGGUUAUGAUUCCGAUUAAUACAUUUUUGGUGAAUUUUCCGUUUGCUUUUUAAAAAUGUGGAGGACAAUUGCGACGUCUAUGGUUUUAUCGUAUGCAGUGUUUAUUGUUUCAAUUGCCACGGCUCCUGCUUAUCCAAAUUUACGCGGGACUCACUACACAAUAAGCAACGCGGAGCACCGCAUAGAGGUCCGGAACGCAACGUACCAUGGUAGCGGGCCCAGAGAGGAGGCACGUGCCAUGUGUUCUGUUAAGACUCAGGAGGUCAACGCUACUGCUAAUGCCACCAUCACCAGGCGGCUGCACGGGGUCGUCACUUCGCGAGAGCUACAUAGCUCCAUCCAACGCCUGGAAGUGAUAAUAUUCGGGCAGAUGCAACAGCUGUGGCAGAGUCUAGAUGCGUUACGCGCGCAGUUGGGCGCAGACACUCGCACUCAAGCGCAUUAUCCUGAUCGACGCACAGUCAUGUUUCAGUAUAAACCCGAUAGGGGGUAACACUCUGAGAAAAUAUUCUGUAAAUUGUUACAGUCGUUGCAUGCGUAUCGCAAGGGGAGGUCGAUUUAGAGCUGUGAGCUGAACUGAAAUAAAAUUAGGUUUUAUCUGCUAAAAUCACCGUCAAUAUUGUCAAAUACUUACCAUAAAAGAAAGAAUAAUAUUACGGAACAUAUAUAACGGUAACUUUUAGCCCCGUAACAAAUUCGUAUGGGGGGCCGGCCUCACCUCCUCUGGGUAUUACUUUAGCCUUAACACGUUGACAGUCCCCAUACAAAAUGUUUUGACUUCCUCGCAAGUCCCGCAUCUUACUUCAAUUUUUAUUACGUCCUGUUAAAAACGUACAUAAUAAUAAAUGUAUUUUAAACCUUUCAUAAUAACAUAACAUAUACUUUAUUGCAAACAGGAAAAUACAAAAAAAAAACAAAACGAAAGAGAAUUUGAAUGAGUACAAUAAGCGGCCCUAUUAUUGCGAAGUAGCAAUCUCUAUCGAGUGCAAUAGGAAGUAAACCAUAUCUCCAUCCAUAUCGCACCAGUUGGACAGUAUUAUUCAUCAAACAUACUGUAAUACAAACCUUUGUUAACCCGGGAUCCAAGUGGAGCACCCGCCUUUAGUGCGUACCUGGUUGUUUCUUAGUGACCCAUGUAUGGGUCACGGACGUAUGGAGCUAGUUCGUCAUGACCCGUAUAUGGUUCACUGGACUGUCAACGUGUUAAAUGGCCGUAAGUCACUAAGGAGUAGGGGGAGAGUGCGCGGACUGUGCCUCGUUCGCUUUGUAUGGAGUGUUAAAUAUGAAAUAAAAAUAAAAACAAUACAAUGAAAAAAUAAUAGAACCAAUGGGUUUUCAGCAAACAUAAGUCUACUUUGUCAUGUUUAAACGUCGACGCUUUGACGUUCGCUGGCAUAAAUAGAACUCCCAUUUUUCAUCAUUUAGGCCGCGUAAUUGAUGUCUCGCAUCAAUUAGUGUGAACCAGUUGGAGACUAAAUAAUACACAUUGAAUAAUAAAAGUUCAAUUUAUUAACAAUUAGUAACUUAAUCCAAUACGGUUACGGGGCCGAGUUCUCUCGCAAACCACAGAACUCGGUCGCGUAAUAACAAUAAAAUAUUUUCGUUAGUUACAAAGUUAAAUGAUCAUAAAUCUAUGCGUCAUUAAUAAAUAUUAACAAAUAAACAAUUUAUUAUGCUUCCAUUUGGAUUACAAUUUUGCAUUAGAAUGUACUUUUGGAGAAACAAAAGAUUAGAUAACUGUAUAAGAGAUUUUGAAAGUAUUUUUAACGAACGACUGUCUAAAUUAUCUACUUAUUUAUAAAAUCUAUUGGACGGAAUAGAAACACUUUUGCUAAUUGACUGUCUUUCAUAUCAUGUCAUGUCUUUUUCAAUAUCAAUAUAGUUGUUUCAAAGUUGUU